AUUUUCUCCGCCCCCAGAGAAGGAGGUGGUGGGUUUGGGGCUGCGUCAACCUCCUCCUCCUCCUCCUCCUCUGCCGGCGAGCGGAGCGGGAGAAAGAGGGAGGUGAGGCAGGCCCGGGAAGAGAAAUCCAUCCGGGGCUGGUCCUGCAGCCUCGCCGAGCCGCAGAGAGCCAAGCGGGCGCGGGAAAGGGCCCCAAGCUGGACGGGAGCGCAGCCCAGCCCGGCAGCCCUGCGGCGGCCACCAGCCCUGCGGAGCGCGCUCUGCUCCCCGACGGCGACGGGGACGCGGGCGGCGGCAUGGAUUCAGGCCCGGAGGAGUACGAGCUGAACGGGGAUGUGGGGCCCGGAUCCCCAGCCUCCUCCGGGGGCAGGUCUGUUGCUGGCUGGGGCUGGAGAAACAGAUCCAUCAACAUGAACCACUAUGCUAACAAGAAGAGUGCAGCUGAAAGCAUGCUGGACAUUGCCCUGUUGAUGGCCAAUGCCUCGCAGCUAAAGGCUGUGGUUGAACAAGGACCCUCCUUUGCAUUCUUUGUCCCACUCAUCGUACUCAUCUCAGUCUCCCUUGUACUCCAGGUGGGAGUGGGUGUGCUGCUGAUCUUUCUGGUGAGGUAUGAUCUCAAUAAUCCUGCCAAGCACGCAAAACUGGAUUUCCUCAACAACCUGGCAACAGGCUUGGUGUUCAUCAUUGUCGUUGUCAACAUCUUUAUCACGGCGUUUGGAGUUCAGAAACCAUCUGUUGAUAUUUCUGCCCAGCAGUAGAAUUUAUUCAG